CCAGCUAUGAUCUACCCCGGGGCCCAGACUUCAGGCGCCUUCACGAUGCCGGCGGUCAGUGGUCCAGGUCACUUGUUCUGCCUUCUCCUCCUGCUCCUGGACCCCCACAGCCCUGAGACGGGGGGGUCCUCCUCUACGCAGGUUUGAGUACAAGCUCAGCUUCAAAGGCCCAAGGCUGGCAUUGCCUGGGGCUGGAAUACCCUUCUGGAGCCAUCAUGGAGACACAUGCUCACACACUAAGUCCCAGGCACACAGAAGGCAAUGUGGACCAGCACAAACCUCCACUCUCCCGGCUCCAUCCCAGCGGGCCUGUGGCUGGCCACGAGAACUGGGGGCUACCUGGAGGGAAGCAUCCUCAUCCCAGACGCCAUUCUGGGCCUGGAGGAAGUGCGGCUGACGCCAUCCAUGAGGAACGGGAGUGGCGCCGUGUGGAGCAGGGCCUCUGUCCCCUUCUCUGCCUGGGAAGUAGAGGUGCAGAUGAGGGUGACGGGACUGGGGCGCCGGGGAGCCCAGGGCAUGGCCAUGUGGUACACCCAGGGCAGGGGCCAUGUAGGCUCUGUCCUUGCGGGGCUGGCCUCGUGGGACGGCAUCGGGAUCUUCUUUGACUCUUCGGCAGAGGAUACUCAGGACAGUCCUGCCAUCCGUGUGCUGGCCAGCGACGGGCACAUCCCCUCUGAGCAGCCUGGGGAUGGAGCUAGCCAAGUGCUGGGCUCCUGUCACUGGGACUUCCGGAAGCGGCCACACCCCUUCAGAGCACGGAUCACCUACUGGGGGCAGAGGCUGCACGUGUCCUUGAACAGUGGCCUCACUCCCAGUGAUCCAGAUGAGUUCUGUGUGGAUGUGGGGCCCCUGCUUUUGGUCCCUGGAGGUUUCUUUGGGGUCUCAGCAGCCACCGGCACCCUGGCAGAUGAUCAUGAUGUCCUGUCCUUCCUGACCUUCAGCCUGAAUGAGCCCAGCCCAGAGGUUCCCCCUCAGCCCUUCCUGGAGAUGCAGCAGCUUCGCCUGGCGAGGCAGCUGGAAGGGCUGCGGGCAAGGCUGGGCUUGGGCGCCAGGGAGGCUGUAACUCCAAAGUCAGACUCUGAAGCUCAAGGAGAAGGGGAAACGCUCUUUGACCUGGAGGAGACGCUAGGCAGACACCAUCAGAUCCUGCAGGCUCUGCGGGGUCUCUCCAAGCAGCUGGCCCAGGCUGAGAGACAAUGGAAGAAGCAGCUGGGGCCCCCAGGCCAAGCCAGGCCUGACGGAUGCUGGGCCCUGGAUGCUUCCUGCCAGAUUCCAUCCACCCCAGGGAGGGGUGGCCACCUCUCCAUGUCACUCAAUAAGGACUCUGCCAAGGUCGGUGCCCUGCUCCAUGGACAGUGGACUCUGUUCCAGGCCCUGCAAGAGAUGAGGGAUGCAGCUGUCCGCAUGGCUGCAGAAGCCCAGGUCUCCUACCUGCCUGUGGGCACUGAGCAUCAUUUCUUAGAGCUGGACCACAUCCUGGGCCUCCUGCAGGAGGAGCUUCGGGGCCCGGCGAAGGCAGCGGCCAAGGCCCCCCGCCCACCUGGCCAGCCCCCAAGGGCCUCCUCGUGCCUGCAGCCUGGCAUCUUCCUGUUCUACCUCCUCAUUCAGACUGUAGGCUUCUUCGGCUACGUACACUUCAGGCAGGAGCUGAACAAGAGCCUUCAGGAGUGUCUGUCCACAGGCAGCCUUCCUCUGGGUCCUGCACCACACACCCCCAGGGCCCCGGGGAUUCUGAGGAGGCAGCCUCUCCCUGCCAGCAUGCCUGCCUGACCCACCUCAGAGCCUGCUUUGCAUCACUGGGAAGCAGGCAGUGUCUUGGGUGGGGGCUUGGUCAGUAUCCUCUCCGUCUGGGUGCCCAGCUCCC